AUGAAAGCAAGAUCCACAUAUGAAAGUUUGCCCAAAGUUUACGGGGUCAACUUGGGUGGAUGGCUUGUAACAGAACCUUGGAUUACACCUUCACUUUUUGAGACAGUAGAGAAGAGGUCUGGCCAACUUCCGGUUGACGAAUACAAUAUAUGUACCAUCCUUCAAAUCAAAGCAAAAUCUUUUUUAAACUAUCACUGGGACACGUUUUACACUGAAUCUGAUCUUGUAAAAAUAGCUGGCUUGGGGUUAAACCUGAUAAGAAUACCUGUGGGAUAUUGGUCUUUCGGUUUAUUACCAGAUGAUCCGUAUAUUCACGGACAAGAAAAGUAUCUUGAUUUGGCAAUAGAGUGGGCAGAGAGAUACAACAUGAAGGUGCAAAUUGGACUCCAUGGUCUCCCAGGAAGUCAAAAUGGAUUUGAUAAUUCGGGAUUUAGAACUGAUAAACCUCAGUGGCUUGAAAAUAAAGAGAACAUGAAUUUGGCCUACAAGGUUGUCGAUUAUAUAUUAAACAAGUAUGGAAAUAUGCCAAUUAUACACAGCAUUCAGGUCGUCAAUGAGCCAAUGGGGUGGAUAUUGAACAGAACAAAACUCUUGGACCUUUACCGUUUUGCCAUAACUCCAUUUGAAGAAAAGCAUCUCAAGGCAAAACUAGUGUUGCAUGAUGCAUUUUAUUGCAUGGAAUUUUGA